GAGCUGCAGCAAGAUUGUAAAUAAUAAAAGCUAAACACGGAAGGACGAGCUGAUAUUACAUCCUUAAGCGUCCUGCGUGUUGGUGUUAGUUUUCAUAAAAACGUAGCUUAUGUGAGCAGGUUUGACAAACAACUAACUGGCUUGCAGACUGAAAACUAAGAUGUUAUUCUUGUAGGAGAGAAUAAAAAUAGUUAUUUGAGCUCACAAUGUUUAGCAACUCCUAUCAGCUGCUCCCCCAAAGGGACACUACAAGUCCGAGGACUCCUGGCUUGUUUGUGGACAAUGAUGGCUUCACACAGAGCGGCUACCACAAAGGACUUUCAUUUGAUAACAUGCCCAAGGUUUUUCAUCAUGACUUCACAGAUACAUCACAGGGUUGGCUGUCAUGGAUUUGUAACCUGAUUGUCAUCUUCCUCGUCUACGUCUGCACCUUCAUAACAUUUCCUAUAACGGGAUGGUUUGUAUUAAAAACUGUGCCUAACUACCAGAGGAUCGUAGUGUUUCGUUUGGGUCGAGUUUGCUCUCCAAAAGGCCCUGGUAUCGUCCUCGUGCUGCCCCUCAUCGACCAGUGGCAGAGAGUAGACCUACGCACCCGAGCUUUUAACAUCCCUCCAUGCCAGGUGAAUACUCUGGAUGGCGGUGUUUUGUUAGUGGGGGCAGACAUCCAGUUCAGGAUCUGGAACCCCGUCAUGUCAGUGAUAUCAGUCCAGGACCUGAACGCCUCAACCAGGAUGGCGGCACAGAAUGCUUUGACCCACAGCCUGUCCAAGAAGAGCGUCAGAGAGAUCCAAAGUGGGAGAGUUAAGCUGGGAGAAUAUCUUGGGAUGGACUUAAAUGAAUUAACUCGACACUGGGGACUGGAGGUGGACAGAGUAGAGCUUACCCUUGGCUCUCUAAUAAAAGCGCCAGAGGAAAGUCUCUCUGGAUCCCUCAUCAUGCCUCCCUCUGUGCCUGGACUGGAAGGCCUCACUGGUCCCAUUCAGCAGCUGGCCAUGCACUUUCUAGGUCAGAGUGGAAUUUCACAGCCUAAACAAGAGGAAACAAUAACUUUCACAGAUGAGCUCAUCGGGCCCACUGAGGCAGUUGUGGUUACACCAGGCUCGGUUGAGGAGCUGCUUGGUGCGGUGAAGCUCCUGCUUUCUGAAGCUUUGGUGCAGCAGGUUGGGGCCUGCUUCCAGUUUGAUAUCGGCUCCAAAGAUGGACAGCAGUGCAGUUACUACGUGGACUUGAGCCAAGGUAGCGGUGCAGCAGGCGCAGGGUCCACGUGCAGAGAACCAGACGUCAAACUGAGUAUGAGUGACAGCGACCUUCUCGCCAUGUUCCGGGGCGAGCUACGACCAUUUGCUGCUUACACGAGUGGCAGGCUGAAAAUCCAGGGAGACAUUAAAACUGCUAUGAAACUUGAGGAACUCAUAAAGCUUGUUAAGGGAUAACUGCUAUAGUCAUUUUAUAGAUUAUUUAAUCAACCUUUCUUUGUUUUGUUGUGAAGUAAAUGUUUCAUGUGUGCACUUUGAAGGAAUAUUAAUACUUUUUUAGGUCAGAGACUGGUUUUAGAUAGGUUUCAUUUCAUUGCACAGUUAGUGCAAACUGUAAAAACCUCUCUAACCAGACUUGAGCUCUGGCCAAAAUGAAUAUGUCAGUGAUAGGAAGCAGCAAACUUACCCAAAGAUCUGAAGUGGCCUUAGGUUUUUCUCUGAGAAGCAACAAGACACAGUGAAAAACCAUCGCCAAAAGGGGGAACUGCCUGGACUCCUUGAGGACUCUUUUACACUGAACUGAAAACGGGAAAUGCACUCUUAUUCACAUUAAUUUUAAUCCGACAUUAGAGGACUUUUCUUAAAUGGAAUGAAAAAAUAAAAUCAUACCUAUAAAAUAAAUGUCAAUAUGAACAAUU